AGACAGAAUAUGCUUCAUUAUGAAAAUCUCGCUUGCUCUCUCUGCUCUUGCCUUACUUGCUUGCCCUGCCGCAGCGGUCGACCUUAAUCCAACGAAAGACUGUAGCGAGCCCUGGUCCGCCUGGAACUGGGAGUGCAAACGAUCUGCCUCCAACUGCUGCCACUACGCAGCCGAAAAAGCCAAUACAACCUGUCCGAUGAGUCGUUCAAGACAUUAUUUCUUGCUAGGACGGUGCAGUAAGCUCUUCGAGGGCAGCGCAAGUCCCUACAACAAAACCGACUGUGUCUCCGCCUCUCUCUCCGGCAUAGCCUUAAUUAUGGGGGAUCGUGGCCUUGACUUUCCUGUUCAUUGUACUAUUGAUGACAUCAAGGACAUGCCCUAGGGAUUCCGGCGUUUCCCUAGAGGAGGCUUCGUGGAGGACCGUCCGGGAAAAGUCAAGAGGGAGAUAUUGGCAAUGUCAGUGUACAAUUUGAGCGCUCUAAGGGAGGAAAGGUCCCGACGAUUCGACAGAGUCUCCCUGUGGAGAGGCUCGACUGGCCAACGAAAAUUGUCUGUCAAUACCUCAGGUCUAUACGGGGUCUGAUCCAGCCUUUUCUGCAUCCCAGAUCAUAGUUUAUUAGUGUACUCAUACUCUAAUAAGAGAAUAUGAAUAUGGAUAUGUUACUGAGCCUAGU